CCGCCCCGCGCCUCAUCCAAGAUCCGAUCGCAAACAAUUGUUGGAGCAACCAUGACGCUGCUUGAUGCUCACUUAGAGCAAAUUUCGAUUUCGGCUCAAUCAAUAGGGGAACUUCCAUUUCCCCGCUCCAAGAUCUUUACGAAUGCGCUAUUGCAAUCACACGACAUUACUACACUAAUCCGGGACACCGAGUCUCACGAACGCGCUCUAUUUCAUGUACCACCGCCUCCGCCGCAGCCAAAAGCCCAGGAGUCGAACCGCCGGAAUACUAUAUUCAACCCAAAUGGUACCUCAACCAGCAUCUCGGGCGGAGGCGCCAACGCCGUGAGGGCUCCAAAGCGUAAUACCGCUGUUGCAGCAGUGCUCGGAACGGAACUUGUUGAAAGAAUACGAAAGGGUGGAGGUGGGGGCGCUGGUACUGGGUUAGGCUAUCGGAGAUACGAUGGAAACAAUAAGAACGAGGUGGAUGUCGAGACAUUGCUCGAAGGUGCAGAGAAACUCCUCGGGGUGUACCCCAUUCCUGGAGCCCAGGAACGCAUCAUGGCCAUGCGGCAAAGACACAGCAGGCUCGAAGCAUCUGUCGAUUAUUAUGAAGCAAGGAUAGCGGAUCAAGUAGAGCAAUUGAGCAGAUUGAACCGGUCACGCGAGCAGCCUGAGCAGGAAUUCGAUGUGUACCAGCCGGAAAGCGUGGCGCCUACUAUGACCGAGGAAGAGCUCAGACAAGAAGAGGAGGAGGUUCGGCAGUUGGAGUGGAAGAAACGAGGGUUGGAAGACAGGGUGAAUUCCAUGGGUAGGGAUAUAUCCGGCGUACUGCGGUAG